UUUUUUUUCUUUCUUACUUUUGGAUUCUUCACAAUUGCUUUCUUCAUGUUUUGCAGUAGAUGGACUUGUUUGGUAUAAAAAAGAACAAGCGAAAGGAAGCAGUGGCUGCAGAAACAAUCUCAAUUCCCAUUCGACCUCAGCAAAUACCAACCACAAGCGCAGCAGAUUCAGGGGAAAAGAACGUCAGUAGGAAAUCCAGUCAUCAUAGCUCGUUUUUGUCGCGAUCGUCCUCGUAUUUUUCGCAGCAUACAAAUCAUGAACACAAACAACGUGAUAGUCAUUUCCCUAUUACGGCACCCACACUAAAUGCACAUUCAUCUCUCAGUGCUGUAGAUGGGUUAUCAGAUAAAGAAGUAGAAAAUCUUUUCCAAAGCAUGCUGUCGCGUAGGGGCAUCCGUGAUACCAAUUCAAGAAUACUCAUGCAGAACUUCCCCAUUGAAAAAAAGAGACUGAUGGUCUCUCAGGAUCAACAAGCAGACGCAGCAUUAGUAAAACCUUCUACUAUCGCCACUACCGCAGCCACGGCUCUUCAGCAGCAAGAGAAUAGUGGUGGAUAUGGUCAUAGCAGCAGCAGCAGCAGCAGCAGGUAUGACGAUAACGGCCAUAGUGGAGGUGCCGGUGGCAUUUUGAUCAGACGUAAAAGUAGCAGUAAAAGUAACAGUAGCCUUCACAAAUUGCAUCCGUCAAAGCAAUCAUCACUCCUUCUACCCGCCGUGCCUCAUAUCCCUCUCUCAGCUAUCGAAGACAAGAAUUCCCCAGAGUAUUACAUCAACAGAUUCUUAUCAGAACCCGAUUUGAAAGGCGUGAAUCAUGAAGUCUUGGCUCAUUUAGCCGUCAGUCUUCGAACCAUGCCAUUAAGUUGGGUGAAGGAAUUUAUUGAUUUAAAAGGUAUUCAGUUGAUCACAAAAGCCAUUGCUACCAUCAAUCAUAAGUGGGAUCACAAAACGGAAUCGGAACUUCAGAUGGAAAUUGAAAUUCUGAAAUGUUUUAAAUCACUCAUUAAUAACCGAUGGGGCGCUCGCGAGGUUGUAUGCCAUCCUCAAUGUAUCCAUGCAAUCACUUUAUCUAUCAUUUCCGCUCCUAUUCAAACGAGGAAACUGGUAUGCGAAAUCCUCGCCUUUGUCUGUCAUGUCGACUAUCCCAAGGGCCAAACUUUUGUACUUCAAGGUUUCGACAAAUUAAAUCAACAACGACAAGCCGGUGGUGAGGUAGGUCGCUGUCGAUUUGAUGCCUGGCUUAAACUGUUCGAUGCCACGCUCGACGGUCGUGGUCGUAUGGGUAGUUUAGUGGGCGCCAGCGAAGAUGUUCGUCGAUUAGCGUCUACAUCAGCAGUAGUACAAGCAGCAUCGACCACAGGCAGUAGUCAUCGUGUAACGACCACCCUAGUGAGCACUUCUGUAGAUAGUCAACUAGGUGAAUUUGCACUGUCCAAUAUGAUGCUGAUCAAUUCCUUGAUUACGGUAGUAGAAGACGUGGAAAUACGUGUCCAUCUACGAAACCAACUCAACGCGAGCGGACUCGUGCCCAUCAUGGAUAAAAUGCUGAAAUUCUUUUGCAACAACUAUACAACCACAACUUCUACAAGUAACAGUGAUCACAACAGCAGCAGUCAUUGUAUGACGAGUAGCCAUGAAGAGCAAUUAAGACGCCACAUCCAUAUUUACAAGCAAAUGUACGAGAAUGAUCUCGAGGAGAUGAUGGAUAUGUACAAUGAAACCAUUGUGACCAAUAUGAAUGAUCCGAGAGCUUGUUUCGAAAGGGUCUUGCAAAGAGUCGAAGGCACACCCAGUUACAACUUUUUUUUGAGCGCACUACAGCAUAUGCUGAUGAUACAGCCUUACCAUGAAGGCGAUGAUACACAAGUACGCUAUUUUCAGAUUUUAGACAAGUUGAUUACUCAAAUUGUAUUGGACAGAAAAGGACUCCUCAUCAACGACAACGCAGACACAGCCUUCAACAACUGGUCGGCCGUUGAGAGACUCAUUGAUAAACUGGAUGAACAAGAUCAAUUAGCUGCCGCAUUAAAAGAGACAAAAGAAGCACGCAAACUGAUCGAAAAGCUCAUGAGGGAAAAGCACGACCUGGAAACCGAACUGGGUUUAAAGCAAAAAGGAUCCGUCAAUGGUGGCCAUGGCGAGGCUCCUCUUAUCGGUGUCUUGCGCGACAAAACGAGCUCUUUAGAAGACUUGUUAAGAUUGUCACGGCACACGAUCGCCACUUUACAAAGGAAACUGAAAGAGACACAACAAGAAUACGAAACAAAUAUCGUAGCAUUGGAUAAGCAACUGAGAGACAUUUAUAUGAAGACAGCAGACGCCAAUAAAAAGGAUGGUAUUGCAGGUGAUGAUCAAAUUGGAUAUUCCGUGCUAAGAAAAGAACAAGUGACGAACGCCUAUCACCAAUUCAAAGCUCAAGGACGACUCACGAAAGGGACGUCCAGCUUGGGUGGCAAUGUAACAGCACCGUGGAUGACCAACACACGUCGUUACUUAUCUUCUGCUGCUGACGGCAAUGAAGCUGUAGGAAAAAAGCCUGUGAGUGCUAUGGCUGCUGAAUUGCAACAAAAGCUCUCCUUUCAAAGUAGUCAAAGGGUCAAGAACGAUAGCCAAUCUGUCCAUGAUGAUAGAGCUGCUAAGGAAGGUGCCAACAAUGUAACAGCUGCUAUCGAAUCCACCUCUGCUCCUCUUCCUCCUCCUCCUCCUCCGCCUCCGCCUCCACCUCCUCCUUCUUCUGCUACUGCUCCUGCUCCUGCUCCUCUACCUGUUACCGCAAAUAACAACAACCUAUCGCCACCCCCUCCACCUCCACCUCCACCUCCAUUCUCACCAUCCACAUCAAGCGCGGCUAAUGUAGAAAUGGCGAAAAGUACUGCUGGUUCAGCACGGCCAUCUUCAUCAUCACAAGCACUACCGCCGCCGCCGCCACCUCCUCCGCCGCCUCCUCCUUCUGUUCCUUCAACAUCUACUUCAACAAGCUCCAUUCAUACAAAUAUCAGCACAGCAUGUCUACCUUCCACUUCACCUACGAAUCUUGCUACGAUCAAUAACAAUAGCCCACUUAUACACAAUAGACCCUCCUGUACACUACCACCACGUAAACUUCUUCUUCAUCAACCUCGCGUGAAAACUCGCGCUUUGCAAUGGACAAAAUUAAACGCAAACCAUCUACAAAAAACUGUAUGGGGUUUACCCUCUUCUUCUUCCUCCUCCUCCUCCUCCUUGUUGGAACAGCAGAACAACACAGUAACAGAGCCUGAAGCUGUCGACAUGGCUUUGGAGGAGGAAUUAGAAACGAAGGGUAUUUUUCAAUCGAUCGAGCUCCUGUUUGCUCAGAAAAGGCCUACUAUCGUUGAAAAAAGCAGCGGUAAACGAUUAAAGAAAAGUCUUUCCAGCAGACACCAUCCUUCAACUACAGGAAGAACCUCCUCAACCAACAACAAAGAAGACGAUAGAGAAAGUGAUACGGAGGAAGAGGAUGGCAACAAACAACCAGAAAUUAUACACAUUAUCCACUCUAAAAAGGCUUACAACAUCAACAUUGCCUUUUUGUCCUCCAAAUUCAAACAUAUGUCUUUGACGCAAAUUAAACAAAGCUUUUUAGCGCUGAAUGAGGAAUUGAUGACAGAACAAGUCCUCAUCAGCAUGCAAUCCACCAUGCCGACGGCAGAAGAGAAAAAGCGCUUGCUUGAAUUUGCCAACAAUGCAUCGGAUAGCAGACAACCGAAAAAAGAUGGAAAAGAGCCACAGGAGAAACAACUGUCUAAAGCAGACUUAUUCUGCGCAGAGAUGCUAAAGAUUGAUCGAUUCAAAGAAAGAGUAGAACAUAUGUUGUAUAAAGUGACAUUUUCAGAGAAACACCAGCAGCUAUCGAAGAAUAUGACAGAUGUUUUGGAAGCAUCUAUAGCAUUGAAAGAGUCCAAAGCUUUAAAAGAGCUUUUGCGAUUCAUACUAUUGUUGGGAAAUUUCAUGAAUGGAACUAGUUUUCAAGGUGGAGCUUAUGGCAUAAAAAUUGCUAGCAUCAAUAAGCUGAUAGAUACCAAAGAUACCGAAGGAAACACUACUCUAUUACAUUUCUUGGUCGAUUCUGUUGAAAACCAAUUUCCUCGGCUUCAUGGAUUCCUUCAUGAUCUUCAAAAGAGUGGGGACGCUUGCAGAGUGUCAUUACCAGAUUUGAUUAAAGACUAUCAUGAAUUAAGGAUCGGCUUGAACAAAUUGAUCAAAGAAAUAGAUACCCAUUAUCCAGAAAAGAAGGAAGCGCAAGAGAAGAACUGCAUCGAUCUUUAUCCACAAAAAAUGCGAGACUUCAAACAGGAAGCCAUUGAAAAGUUUGAAGAGUUGGAAGUACGCUUCACCUCUAUGGAUGUAGCUUAUAAAGAUGCUGUCUCUUAUUUCGGGGAGAAUCCUGAACAAAUGAAGCCGGAUGAAUUCUUUAGUAUCUUCAAAACAUUCAGCACCCUUUGGGAGGUAAGUUCACAUUCUUAAACUGAACAGCUAGCAUUCUUGUCGAUAAUACCAACAUGAUUGUGCACUUUCGUUUCAUUUGUAGCGUGCCAGGAGAGAUAAUGCUGCCAAAAAAAAGAGGCAGGAGAAC